AUGCGUGCAGAUGCCUAUUUGAAUUACCGAAUGUAUUCGGGCUACCGCCAAAAAGGUAAUUUGCUCCUCAGUAUCAUACCAUUACAAGAUUACGAACAGAAUAUUGUGCGUUAUCCCGCUCGGGUUUGGAUAGCUCAGCGGUCAGUCACCAACUGGAGGGAAUUUGAGAAACGAAUUGAAUGGCAUUCAGUCCAAAGUUCCCGCGCGGUCAAAGGACUCAUGACGGCUGCUCAAUUUCCUGUGCCGUUGUCUCGUCCGCGGACCCCGCCCCCAGACAUUACAACUGGCUCACCCGGGCUAGGUGCCUUGGCUAUUCCUCUAAACAUUGCCAGGAUGUGGUUAUAG